AUGCCACCUCCUGACACGGAUCUCUUCCGAUACACCAGUGGCCGUUGGCUAUGGGAUGAGGAGCAACAACUUCGGGACCGAUUUUCGCCUUUCAAUAUGCCUGAAUUGCAGCGAAUUGCGGCGCAAAGUGUCGGAGCGGACACAUGCAUUGCGAUUACAAAACUGGCUGAAGGAUUAUUCAACAAAACCUUCCGACUCGAGCUGGAUAAUGGAUCAUCUGUGAUCGCAAGAAUACCCCAUCCUAUUGCCGGGCCUAGGUACUACACCACGGCAUCUGAAGUUGCGACGAUGGAAUUCGCCCGCACAAUCCUCGGAAUACCAACACCUCAAGUAUAUGCUUGGAAUGCAGAUGUGAACAAUGCUGUCGGCUCUGAGUAUAUCAUAAUGGAGGAAGCCCCCGGAACAAAGCUGGAAGAUAUAUGGCAUGUUCUUUCUCUCGAAGAGAAGGUAGAGAUUAUGAAGAAUCUCGUCCAACUAGAGAAGAAUAUGCUUCAAGCGCCACUGAAUUGUUAUGGGAGUUUGUACUAUGCAAGUGCUAACAUCAAAGAUGCCGUGCCAGUCGACAUAUGUGCAGAUGUAUCUUCUGAGCUCAAGGACAAAGCCCAACAUCAUUUGGCCAUAGGCCCAGUCGCAGAAAGACACUAUUGGUUAAAAGAACGUGCAGAGAUGGCUUUUGAUCGUGGGCCAUGGAAACAGCCACAGGACUAUGUGCUCUCUCUAGCUCAUCGAGAAGAGGCAUGGAUACAGAAACACGCAACUCCACGAUCUGAAGAUGACCGGCUAGUGACUUCAGCAACGCAGAACUCUCCAAGCAGUCAUAUCUCUUUACUACACAAGUAUCUCAAAGUUGCUCCUUAUCUCCUCCCGAACGACCCGGCGGUAGUUGCACCAUAUAUCUGGCAUACAGAUCUACAUUCUGGAAACAUCUUUGUCCAAAAUGGCAAAAUUUCUAGUGUUAUAGACUGGCAGGGUUUGUGGGCAGCACCAUUGAUACUUCAAGCACGCCAUGCAAGGCUAGUGGAUUAUAAUGGGAAAGUCAUUUUGAAAGGCCCUGCAAACUUCAAAGAUCUUGAUCCAGCGGAAAAGACUCGGAUCAGAGGUCUUAUGAGUAGCUCGAUACUGCUCUACCUCUAUGAAAAGCAAAUUGCUAAAGAAAUUCCCCUUCUCAAUAAAGUCCUCCGAUUUGACCACGGGAGGAUACGGUGCGAUCCAAUCUUGUUCGUGGGAGACACAUGGGAUGAUGAACUUAUACCCUUGCGAGAAUCUCUGAUAAGGCUUGAGAGAAGCUGGAAUGAAAUGGGAUUCGACUUUCCAUGCCCUAUUCAUUUUACAGAGGAUGACCUCCGUAUUCAUGCAGAGGAAAGCGACGGAUGGAAUGAUGUGCAGGAAUUCUGGGACUCUGUUGCGGAUAUAGUAUCGAGAGACGGUUGGACACCGCAUCAUUCAUAUGAUGAUGCCGUUUCUCUGUUCACGGAGCUACGAGACAUUGGCCUGAAAGCUAUGGUAGGCAAGGAGAGAGACACAUUUGAAAAACAGACAGAAUGGAUGCAAGCUCAAAAGUACACUGGUAAGGCUUUCCCAUAG